UUAUCUCAUCAAGCUGCAGAACUUCUUCGAGAAUUACAACAAGAAUAUUUAAUUUCUGGUGGUGGAAUUCAAUCUUCAGUAAAGACUCUUAUAAAAGAUGUGGCCAAUAUAAUUAAUUCUCGAGGAUUCUUUGAUGAUAUUGAAUGUUUAGCACGAAUUAUAUGUCUUGCAAAAGAAGCUGUAAAAGCUGUUGAAUGCAAAUCAACUACAUUAGCAGAUGUUUAUAUUAAACUAGUUCAACUAGCUUCUGCAAUACAUCAUAUCCCACUAGAAACUGAACAUCGUGAAUUUCGAAGAAUUUGUAUUCAAAUUUACAAUCCAAAAGCUGCAGUUAACUUAUGGAAAUCGUUAGGUGGUGGAGACAUAUCUGCUAAAAUAUUACUUACUCAAAUGAAAAAUUAUCGUGAAUUUGUAAAACCAUAUAAUGACUAUUGGGUAGAUAAUACUAAUACAUUAACUAUUUUAGAUGCAACCUUAUCUAUGGGAUUAAAGGAUGAAGAUGAUGAAAACGAUAUUUAUUCAAUAGAUGAAAUCGAAGAAGAGCUUUUUAUAUUAGAAGAAAAUCAAUAUGAUACUAUUUCCGUCGAAAGUGAAUUAUUAUUAAUUGGCAAUACAAUGGAUUUAGAUUCAUCUAAUUUUAAAUUACAACCUUUAGAUAAUGAUAGUUCAGAAAUUAUUGAAGAUCACAUCGAAGAAGAUCAUGGUAAUAAAGAAUUUGAUGUUGAUGCUUUA